UUUGACCACAGUGCUUCGUUGUGACAGGUGAAAAUUGUAGAUGCUCUCCUUGUGACAAUCUUGUAAUUUUCGCUCUUGAUGCUCUAAGUGCUGCUCAUCAAUUACAACAGUUUUUUCUCUCUCGUGUGUUUUGGAAAUGCUUCUCAACCUCUGUAGACUGUCGCCUCAAGAGUGACAAACUUUCUCAAAAGGACUCUUAUUUAUUCUGUCCAAGAAGGACAAAUAAAAUAUUAAAGGACUGAUUGUGUGUGAUUUCCUAACAUCGUCUCCAGCCAAGACCAUCAUCUUUCAGCUCUGGACGUAGAUUGAAGUGUCGAAAAGGACGAUGCAAGACUUCUGUGGAGGUCCACUUUGGGAUGACGAUCUCACGUGGGCAACGGAAGAUCCGGACUUUACGCCAUGUUUUCAUAAAACCAUAAUGGUGUGGGUUCCAUGUGGGUUCCUUAUCUUAUUCGCACCUCUUGAGUUUUACUUUAUUGCCACUAGCCAAAACGGCCGUAUUCCAUGGAGCUUUUUCAACGUUGGAAAAACGAUUACAAACUUCCUCUUGUUUACUCUUGCCACGGCGGACCUGGCAGUGGGAGCUGACCUAUGGAUAUCCGAAGUGCCUGGAGUCUAUCCGGUGCACAUUGUCACGCCUGUGAUUCUCAUGGUGACCUUCAUCUUGUCCAUGACACUCAUGUUGCUCCACAAACGCAAAGGCAUCAGAUCGUCAGGACUUAUGUUUCUCUUCUGGCUUGCCAUCGUUUUCCUGGCAAUCUUCAGAUUCCGCUCACAACUCAUGAACUUCGAUCCAGAUGGUGAAACAACAGAGGAACAAAUUGAUUUCCACACAUACCAAUAUGCGAGUGUUAUCACGCACUUUUCCCUCUGUGUCAUAAUGUUGCUGCUCAACUGUUUCUCUGACAAGCCGCCAGAGGAUAGGAUCAAAGUUGGCAAGCCAAGUCCUGAAAUAUCGUCCAGUUUCUUGCGCAAGCUGUUCUUCCAAUGGUUCGAUCCCAUGACAUGGAAGGGUUACCGUAAACCCUUGGAAAUAAGCGAUAUGUGGGAUCUCAACACUGAAGAUCAGAGUAGAAGUCUGAUUCCCGGCUUCGAUAAGCACUGGUACACAAGUGUACAGAAGAACCAGAUGAAGAGUGAUGCAAGUGCAAAUACGAAGAAGAGCACUCAAAAUGGAUACAGCAAUGGCACGGCUUUCCAGUCUAAUAGUCAAUUCAAACCUCAUGGAAGAACGAAUGGAUCAGUCCUUCCAGCUAUGGUUAAAGCAUUCGGAGGACCUUUCUGGUUCGCUGGAAUCCUUAAGCUUAUCAUCGAUCUCCUAUCCUUCGCCUCACCGCAGCUUCUGGGACUCUUGAUUGCCUUUACGAGUAAUCUGGAGGAACCACUGUGGAGAGGACUAUUCUAUGCCUUCCUCAUGUUCGCUGUGGCUUUGCUAACAUUAUUCUUGAACGGACAAUACUUCCACAUGACCUUCCUCGUGGGAUUCCGAAUUCGAAGUGCCCUCAUCUCAGCUAUCUACAGAAAAGCUCUGAGAGUGUCGAGCUCAGCCAAGAAGGACACCACUGUGGGAGAAAUAGUGAAUCUUAUGGCAGUGGAUGCACACAGAUUCUUUGAGUUAGUGUCCUACUUGCACUUGCUGUGGUCCGGACCAUUGGUUAUGGCACUCGCUCUUUACUUCCUCUACGAUCUUCUUGGCGCUGCUAUCUUCGCUGGAUUAGCUGUGAUGAUCCUGAUGAUUCCACUGAAUGCGUGGAUUGCGGUGAAAUUGAGAUCCUUGCAAAUGGAGCAGAUGAAGAAGAAGGAUCAUCGUGUCAAGAUCAUGAACGAAAUCUUAGGCGGAAUGAAGGUGCUGAAGUUGUACGCCUGGGAACCGAGUUUCGAGCAGAAUGUAAAGGAUAUUCGUGAGGAAGAGAUAUCAGUAUUGUUCAAGAUGGCAUACUACAGCGCAGGUACCUUCUUCGCGUGGACCCUAGCACCCUUUUUGGUGUCUCUGGCAUGCUUCACAACGUAUGUCUUCAUGGAUGAGGGAAAUGAUCUUGACGCGACCACAGCAUUUAUGUCACUGGCCUUGCUUAACAUCUUGCGCAUGCCUAUGACGAUGUUCCCAAUGGUCAUCACAAUGUCCAUGCAGGCCUGGGUUGCAGUCACUCGAAUCAACAAAUUCAUGAAUAGCGAGGAACUCGAUCCCGACAAUGUCACCCAUCAUCCGCACAAGAGCGCUCUAGUUAUCGAGAAUGGAUUGUUCACUUGGGGUGAGGAAGAAGUCACGCUGAAAAAUAUUAACAUGAACGUUCCCAAAGGUGCUCUUACUGCUGUUGUCGGACCUGUUGGAUGCGGAAAGAGUUCCCUAAUCAGUGCACUCCUAGGAGAGAUGGAGAAGAAGCAAGGCAAUGUCAAUACCGAUGGAACAAUCGCUUAUGUUCCUCAGCAAGCUUGGAUUCAGAAUGCUACGCUUCAGGACAACAUUCUCUUCGGCAUGAAAAUGAAUCGACAGCAUUACGAUAAGGUUAUCGAAGCGUGUGCCCUGAAGGCGGACAUCGAUAUGUUGCCAGGAGGCGAUCAGACGGAAAUCGGAGAGAAAGGAAUCAACUUGUCUGGAGGACAGAAGCAGAGAGUGUCUCUUGCUCGUGCGGUAUACAGUGGUGUUGAUAUAUAUCUACUCGACGAUCCUUUGAGUGCUGUAGAUGCUCAUGUAGGGAAGCACAUCUUCGACAAUGUCAUUGGUCCAAAAGGAUUGCUGGCUGGAAAGACAAGGCUCUUAGUCACCCACGGAAUCUCGUAUCUUCCUCAUAUGGACGAAAUUCUGGUCAUAAGUAACGGUGAGAUCAGUGAAAGCGGACAUUAUAAAGAACUUCUCGCCCAGAAAGGAGCCUUCUCUGAGUUCCUUGUGGAGCACUUACAAGAAAUGGAAGAUGAUGAAGUCGAUGAGAUCAAGGAGGUUUUGGCCGUGAAGCCAGAGGGCAGACAACUUCUGGAACGCGCUCUCUCUAUUCGAUCAACAUCCUCAAAGGGAUCAAAGAAGGGUUCUGUGAGAGGCUCUAUGAGAGGUUCGAUGAGGAAGAGGCCCAGCAACUCUAGCAAAUUGGAAAAGGAGGGAAUCAUUGUGCCGAAAGUCGGAACAACUUUAAUUGAGAAGGAAGAAUCAGCCACAGGAAAAGUCAGCUGGGCAGUUUACAUCAAAUACUUCAAGGGCGUUGGAGUAUGGAUGACUUUCUGGGCUCUGUUGAUGAAUCUUCUGAAUCAAGGUUUCUCGGCCGGAGCUAAUCUUUGGCUGACAAGAUGGGCUGAAGACGAUGAAGCUCAUCUUCCAGCAAACAGAGAUAUGUAUUUAGGAGUCUACGGCGCUUUGGGCGGAGGACAGGCAAUCACCCUCUUCUUCAGCACAAUUGCACUGGCUAUUGGAUGCCUCAAAGCCGCCAAGACUCUCCAUCACAAACUCCUGAGCCACACGUUGCGCCUGCCAAUGUCAUUCUUCGACACAACUCCGCUGGGAAGAAUAAUGAAUCGCUUCUCCAAGGAUGUGGACAUUGCCGACAAUAUUCUGCCAAUGUCCAUCAGAUCUUGGAUCCUGAUGGUCUUCUCUGUAGUGUUCAUUUUCGUCGUUAUCAGCAUCACCACGCCAAUCUUCAUGAGCGUGAUUAUACCCAUUGGUAUCUUCUACUACUUCAUUCAAACAUUCUACGUAGCGACUUCAAGGCAACUCAAGAGAAUUGAAUCGGUUACGAGGUCUCCCAUCUACUCUCAUUUCGGCGAGAGUCUCACCGGCCAGCCAACUAUCAGAGCCUAUGGCAAGCAAGACGGCUUCACGAAGCAGAAUGAAGACAAAGUCGACUUCAACCAGAUGUGCUCAUAUCCCAGCAUCAUUGCCAAUCGUUGGCUAGCCAUAAGACUGGAACUUGUGGGCAGUUUUGUCAUCCUCUUCGCUUGCUUGUUUGCUGUUCUUGGCCGAGAAGACAUUGACGCCUCGCUUGUGGGUCUCUCCGUGACCUACGCUCUGCAGACUACACAGGUUCUCAACUUCAUGGUGAGAAUGACUGCUGAGGUGGAGACAAAUAUCGUGGCCAUUGAGCGCAUGGAAGAGUAUUCCCACGUGGAGAAGGAAGCCGAGUGGGAGAAGGGAGAGCGUGAUCCUCUGUGGCCCAAGGAAGGGCGAGUUGACUUCGAAAACUUCCAAGUCAGAUAUCGCGAAGGAUUGGAUCUCGUUCUGAAAGGCAUCACCUUUUCCGUCAAGAGCUGUGAAAAGAUUGGCAUCGUCGGAAGAACUGGUGCUGGAAAAUCAAGCUUGACUCUUGCUCUCUUCAGAAUUAUUGAAGCUGCCGGAGGAAAAAUCACCAUUGAUGAUAAGAACAUCGGAGAAUUGGGUCUGCACAAUCUCCGCUCUCGCCUCACCAUCAUUCCUCAGGAUCCAGUGCUCUUCUCUGGCUCUCUCAGGAUGAACAUUGACCCUUUUAACUCCUACAGCGACGACGAAAUUUGGCGCGUGCUCGAAUUGUCGCACUUGAAGCACUUUGUGAAAGGUCUGCAGGCCGGACUUCAGCAUGAAAUUUCUGAAGGCGGCGAGAAUCUGUCCGUUGGCCAGCGCCAGCUAAUUUGCUUGGCCAGAGCUCUGCUGAGAAAGACGAAAGUGCUUGUGCUCGAUGAAGCCACUGCAGCAGUUGAUCUCGAGACAGAUGAUCUCAUCCAGAAGACCAUCAGAGCGGAAUUCGCCGACUGCACAAUCCUCACAAUUGCCCACAGAUUGAAUACAAUCAUGGAUUCGGACAAGGUGAUUGUGCUGGACAAAGGUGAAAUAGCAGAGUUUGACACUCCGACGAAUCUACUGCAGAACCCCAAUUCCAUUUUCCACAGCAUGGCAAAGAAUGCUGGAAUUGUGGGAAAUUCGCAAUAGAGCAGCACAGGCUGGAUUCAAUAGAUGACAGACACUUAGGAAACAAUGUGGGAUAGCAAGCAAUAGCUGAUUCCUCAAAAUGACGACUGAUUUAUAAAUUAAAAAUCACAUUCGCAUUCGUCAAAGAGAUGUAAAAAGUUAAAAAAAAAAAAAUGUAUUAGACUGUAGUUUAAAAACAAUUUUGUGACAGCAUUGAGAGAUUAUAAAAGUGUAAAAUAUGUCCAUAUGAAGAUUGUAAUAAUGUAGGGAAAUAGCAAAUAUGUGAAUAAAAGUUUAUGUUUUAUAUAUUUAUGAAAUA